GCACAGACAUCAUUUCCUGGAAGUCUAAAAAAAACAGUGUUGGUGUGAAUGUUUUCGUAUCUGCGACCGUCGGUUCUGUUAUUGGAUGUGACGGGCUGACCUAAAACUUCAACUCAAUCUGACCAGAAUGGGGAACUUACUUUAUGGAACAACCGAACCCAAAGCACCUACUAGAAACGCCAACGUUAUUCUUAGACCGUCAGGAUACAGUUCAGCUAGCAGUAUAAAAACCAACUCUACAUCCAGCAGUAUAAAAACCUACUCUACGCCCAGCAGUAUAAAAACUAACAACAGUGCCAGCAGUAUAAAAGCGCUAAACAACUCACAUUCACCCCGCGCGGCUACACAAACUGGUAGGCGACGUCAAACUUUAGAAAGAUUCUACGGUUUUUUUCGGUGCCCCAAGUGCAGGAAAACGUGGGAGAGCACACACGUAUACUGUAAGCCAAGAACACUUACGGCGGUGUACGGGCAGGAGUGUAAAGAGUGUCGAGUGGAGUGUCGGCCGUACAAAGUGGAGAAGCUCAUCUGCUCCGUCUGUCACUCAGUGGAGUGUGUAUGUCUGUUCAAGGAGAGACACGUGGACAAAACUAAACACCAUCGCUCGGACCUGUGUCUCAAGUGUAAGGCCGGCCUGCCGUGUGUCUGAACACCAUCGUUUCUGUGUCUCUAAAGCCGGCCUGCCGUGUGUCUGCCGUGUGUCUGCCGUGUGUCUGCCGUGUGUCUGAACACCAUCGUUUCUGUGUCUCUAAAGCCGGCCUGCCGUGUGUCUGCCGUGUGUCUGCCGUGUGUCUGCCGUGUGUCUGAACACCAUCGUUUCUGUGUCUCUAAAGCCGGCCUGCCGUGUGUCUGCCGUGUGCCUGCCGUGUGUCUGAACACCAUCGUUUCUGUGUCUCUAAAGCCGGCCUGCCGUGUGUCUGUCGUGUGUCUGCCGUGUGUCUGAACACCAUCGUUUCUGUGUCUCUAAAGCCGGCCUGCCGUGUGUCUGUCGUGUGUCUGCCGUGUGUCUGAACACCAUCGUUUCUGUGUCUCUAAAGCCGGCCUGCCGUGUGUCUGUCGUGUGUCUGCCGUGUGCCUGCCGUGUGUCUGAACACCAUCGUUUCUGUGUCUCUAAAGCCGGCCUGCCGUGUGUCUGAACACCAUCGUUUCUGUGUCUCUAAAGCCGGCCUGCCGUGUGUCUGAACACCAUCGUUUGUAACUGUGUCUCUAAAGCCGGCCUGCCGUGUGUCUGUCGUGUGUUUGCCGUGUGUCUGAACACCAUCGUUUGUAACUGUGUUGAACACGUUUUUUGUGUUGCUAGUCAGCACCCACAAAUUCUGCAUUUGUUUGAAAUUCUUGUAAUUCUUGUAAUU